UAAACACUGCCCAAACCCAGGUAUGACACAGGACCGUUUUUUGGAAUGGAACCUUUACUUUGCUUGGCAAGAACCUGAGGAAUUCCGUCUGAAGCCACGCCCACUGUGCCUGCUCUAUUUAAACACUGCCCAAACCCAGGAGCGUUAUUCUGAACGCUGAGCUAAUGAACAGAGAGCGGAGGUGUCCGUGUUCCUGACAAACAUGUCUCUGAUUAGCCUGGUCCUAGCACACACCGCCACGGUGUCUCUGGCUUUAGUUUUAACUGCUUUUAUAUUUUUAUACUUUUACUCGAAAUCCUCCAAGUCGUCUAAUUACAACUUCCCCCCCGGCCCGCCGGCUCUACCUGUUAUUGGGAACCUGAACAUUUUGGACCUGCACCGGCCGUACAAAACGCUGAGUAAGCUCUCGGAGACGUACGGCAAUGUGUUCACCUUCCACAUGGGUCCCAAGAAGUACGUGGUUUUGACAGGCUAUGAGGCGGUCAAGGAGGCUCUAGUAACCCAAGCAGACGACUUCUCAGAGAGAGGCCAGACGCACACCACAAACACUAGCUCUAGAGGCGGGAAUGGAGUUCUCUUCGGUAAGGGGGAGUCCUGGAAGGUGAUGCGUCGAUUCACCCUCUCCACUCUGCGGGACUUUGGGAUGGGGAAGAGAACCAUUGAGGACCGGAUCAUCGAGGAGUCCCAGAGACUGGUGGAGGUCUUCCAGUCCCACAAAGGAAAACCCUUUGACCCGCAAAUCAUCAUCAGCUCUGCUGUCUCCAACAUCAUCUGCUCCAUCAUGUUAGGAGACCGCUUCGACUACAGCGAUGCACAGUUCCUGAAUCUGCAAAGAACUGUGAACGAGAACGUCAGGCUGAGUGUGAGCCCCAAGACACAGCUGUAUAACAUGUUUCCUUUCCUGGGCUUCUUCCUGUCUGAUCACAAGAAGGCUCAUACAAACGGAACAAUGUUCCAGGGGUACUUUAGAAAUGCAUAUAAGGAUCGUAAAGACAGUGUGGACAGCAAUGACCUGAGGAGCUUCAUCGACACGUUCAUCUCCAGGCAGAGAGAAGAGGAGGCCAGAAACUCCAACAAGUAUUUCCACGAGGAUAACAUGGCCGUCACAGCGGGGAACCUGUUUGCUGCAGGGACUGAGACCACCUCUACCACACUGCGCUGGGGGCUGCUGCUCAUGAUGAAGUACCCCCACAUUCAGGACAAAGUCCAGGAGGAGAUUGAGAGUGUGAUUGGGAGGGAGUGCCCCCCACAGGCCGAGGACAGGAAGAGCAUGCCCUACAUGGACGCCGUGCUGCACGAGAUCCAGAGAGUGGGCAACGUGGUGCCCAUGAACCUGCUGCAUGAGACCACAGGGGACACCACCUUCCGGGGGUACAGGAUACCCAAGGGUACCCCGGUGAUCCCGCUGCUCUCCUCUGUGCUCUCUGAUAAGACACAGUGGGAGACCCCUCACCAGUUCAACCCCAACCACUUCCUGGAUGUGCAGGGCAAGUUUGUCAAGAGAGACGCCUUCAUGCCCUUCUCAGCAGGUCGGAGGGUGUGUCUUGGAGAGACCCUUGCCAAGAUGGAGCUCUUCCUCUUCUUCACCAUGCUCCUGCAGAAGUUUCACUUCCGCCCGCCCCAGGAGGUCAGCCCUGAGCAACUGGACCUCACACCCACCCCUGGCCUCACCUCCGGCCCCCAGCCCUUUCAACUGUGCGCCCUGAGCCACUGAGAGACCCUUUGAUACUGCGACCCUGCCUUACUACAUCUGCUAGACCUUACUACAGCUACUGACCCCUCACACUGGACUCUUCAGCCACAGAAACUACACAGAAACUACACUUGUGUGAAAGGGGUGUGUCAUGCUUUGCUUUAUAACAUUAGUUUUCAUCUUUCAUGAAAAUUAAUUAGCAAUAAACAGCUAGAAUAAUAACAAAGUGAUCUAUGAAACUGAAUGACAGGUUCUUAAGAAUAAAUCAAUGGGUAUUGUAGUUGUGAUUUUUAAUCUCUCUCUCUCUCUCUCUCUCUCUCUCUCUCUCUCUCAUAUUUAUAUAUAUAUAUAUAUAUAUAUAUAUAUAUAUAUAAACAGCUGUUUUGAUAACGAAUUAAGUGAUUUCAUAAUAUCCGAUUAGAAUUGAACUUGAUUUCGUUUGAAAUAUUUACUGACAUAUUCACACAAACUGUUACCCUGCUUGUAUAUUCAUAGUAUUUAAUCUGGUCACUUCUUAGUUCUUAUACAAAGACAAAUUCUAGACACUUGAGGAAUGCUUGCUUUUACAUGUAAUUUAUAUUUACACUGAAGCUGAGAUAUUAUCUGAAUGUUAUUGCUGCUGAGAUUAUUAUACUGACUUGUGUUGUAUUGAUACUCAUUUUCUUUUCUGUUUUGUGUUUUCCUUUUUGCUGAAAUUCAUUAAAGAGAGAACGGUG